AUUGGCCCCUGCUAUAUUUUAUUUUAAAUAAGUUUCUGGAAUCUAUUUUAUAUUUGUUAUUGUAAAUAAGUUGUAUCAGUUAUUUUACCGACCCUUGUCCCGGACGCCUGUUUCCGAAGGCGCUGCAGAGCGAAACACCGGAAAUAGCACGGUAUGUCCGACUUACGAUCAUUUUGGUAUGGAAUAUUCGUUAGCUUCCGGGGAAAACAUCGCGUUCGCUUUGUUUAAAGCCCGAUCCACGAGCGCUUUUGUGCCGAACCAUCGUGUGUGCGGGUGUGAUCCAUCAGAUUUUAUCAUUUGGUCUCUUUAUCUUUAUAGUUUUCAGUUGGUGGCUCCGAUUAUCCCUUGUGGCUCGAUUAAACGAAACCAAAAAACAAACAAAAAAAAAGAGCGAACUGCAAAAGCAAAGGCGAAACGAGAGACCGGGCGGACUAAAACUUAUCUAGCUUUCCUCUGUGCCACCACGCGUGCCGUGCGGAAAAAAUCGGGCUCGGAGUCGGCCUCUCCUUCCGUAACGACACCACCGCACGCCGUGUGAUAAACCACCUCCGAACUCUCGUCGUUGCACCUUGGGAGGUCGUCCCCUGGGAGCGAGCCCUCUACCUCGGCUCUUGUCGACGCGGCGGGGCGGGGGCGGUGAUGCUUUUGUCCUCCCGACAGAAUCGGGACUUAGCCGUGCGAAAAUCGAGAGCCACACCAAUGCCGAAGUCGGCAACUAAGUGGAGAUUCUGGAGAAAGUCCAAGAGGGCUGUUCUCGAGGAGAGCGAUCAGCAGGAGAGCAAGCGCAAGCGCUCGGCACCGGCGGUGAUCGUGACGCAGGUGAUCAGGCAGGAUUACGAUCAGCUGCAGCAGCCGGAGCAGAAGGUGCCGGAAGCCGCUGGGGACGCUAGUAGGAGGAAGACGAUCGCGAUGGAGCAUCCGCUGAGCAGUCGGCUGUCGCCGAAGGUCACGCCGAUCACCGACGACUACGAGAUCAGCAAUCACGUCCUGGGCCUCGGGAUCAACGGGAAGGUGGUGCAGUGCUACGACCGGAACACGAGGCAGAAGUACGCGCUUAAAGUUCUGCAUGACUGUGCAAAAGCGCGGAGGGAGGUCGAGCUUCACUGGAGAGCGUCAAAUUGCAGACACAUAGUCCAAGUCAAGGAUGUAUAUGAAAAUUCAUAUAGCGGCAACAAAUGUCUGCUGGUGGUCAUGGAAUGCAUGGAAGGCGGAGAGCUGUUUCAAAGGAUACAAGAUAGGCAGGACGGCGCUUUUACCGAAAGAGAAGCCGCGCAAGUGAUGUAUGAGAUCUGCGUCGCAGUGAAGCAUCUACACGACAUGAACAUCACUCAUCGGGAUCUAAAGCCUGAGAAUCUUUUAUAUUCCAAACCUGAUAUCAUCGGAAUCCUGAAACUCACCGACUUUGGAUUUGCUAAAGAAACACAUUUAAAAGACACAUUACAGACGCCAUGUUACACACCUUACUACGUCGCCCCAGAAGUUUUGGGACCAGAAAAAUACGACAAGAGCUGUGAUAUUUGGUCAUUGGGAGUAAUUAUGUACAUACUAUUGUGCGGCUUUCCACCAUUCUACAGCAACCACGGACUGGCGAUCUCGCCCGGGAUGAAAAAGAGGAUCCGAUUGGGGCAGUACGACUUUCCCAGCCCGGAAUGGGCGAACGUGAGCCAGGAAGCCAAGAACCUUAUCAAGGGUAUGCUGUGCAUAGAUCCAGCGGAAAGGCUGCAGAUCGACGCUGUGAUGCGUAACAACUGGAUUGCCAAAUACAUGGAAGUACCCGCCACUCCCUUGCACACCGGACGCGUUCUGCGCGAGGGGGAAGAAAUGUGGCCCGAGGUGCAAGAGGAGAUGACGCGUUCGCUGGCGACGAUGCGCGUCGACUACGACACGGCGUGCCUGAAGCAGCUCGAUCACACGAACAAUCCCCUGCUGAACAAGCGUAGGCGCGCGAAACAGUCGGCGAACAAUGCGACGACGGUCCCCACGCCCGCCAGCCCCACGCCCGCCUCCUAGGAAGAGGACACUGUCAGAACCGACAGACGGAACUGGACUUGCUUUCUGCGCAGGUGCGUCAGAUACAGCGUGGUCACGACGAGGGUCGUUUUUUGACUGCUGCAUUUCACGAGGCGAAAGAAAUUCCGAGGUAGAGUAGUAGUGUCGAAGGGCACCUAGAUCAUCACGCGCGCGUGUGUCUCGCACGAUCUUUCUUAUCCGGCGUCCAAUUAAUUUUUUAGACGCGAGAUCAAAACAGCGAUAACAAUAACACACGCGAUAACGAGGACAAUAUAUAUUGCCCCCCCCCCCCUCCUCCUAGCGAAUGCAAGCUAUGCCUUUUUAAUUAUUGAACGAUAUCACACGGUCUUUCUCGAACAAAAAAAAAAUUUUAAAUAUAUAUGUUACAUUAAUAUAAUAAAAUUGAGCGGUUACUUGUGCGUGGAAGGGCAAACGCGCUAUUAAUGCCAAGCAUUAAUGGUGUUACCAUGUUUGUCGUUAUGUCAGUUCAAUUUCCGUCAGACCUAAUAGUUGUCAUUGUUUGAAUAUAAUGGCCUUUAGAGGCACUAAAUAGAAAUAGUGUCGAUCGAUAAACGAUACUGCUGAACUACGUGUCUUUUUGUCAAAUCCUAAUAGAUUGUAUUGGAAUAUUUAAUAAUAAUAUUUAUAUAUAUAUAAAAUAUCUACAUCUAAUAACGUGCGAAAUCUAAGAAAAGAGAAAAUUGUUUUUCUCGAAAAAAAAAACCUCAUUGCUAUUAUCCUCGUUUUAGAUGAAAGAAUAUAAAGUCACAAAAAUUGUUAUCUCGAAAAAAAAAGUCGAGAGAUAUAUAUCCCAAAGUCCGUCAUCUUCAGCAAAACUGAGUCAAUUUGAGGGCCGAUAAAAAUAUGGUAACUGGCUUUUGCUAACUUAUAUUAUUGAUCAAACAUAUGAGAUCAAACUAUUAUAAUGUUGUUGAGACAGUAAUCGUUCUUAUAUUCUGUACACGUACAUAUAUUCUAAAAUAGGCGUCGACAAAGAAAAAAAGAUUGUUUUUUUUUAAUUGGGAUAAUCUCCAUGCAAAUAAAAAUAUAAUGUAAAGACUAUUUAUCCAUAAGAUAUUAAGAUUAAUUUUAGGAAUAGUUGCUCAUAUAUUUGUCAUUUCUACAAAAAUUAUUUGCUGCCAUUCAGAUUAGGUGUGUCGUGACGUUUCUAUUGAUAUCAUUGAAUUUAUAAUACUUAAUAUACAUAACUACAAUCUUUCACGUAAUCGUCCGCUGCCCGUCCAGCCUGUUUUAAAUAUAUGUAUUAAAUUUUCAUAAUUAUAUUAUCUGUAUUGAUUCAAUAAGAUUUUUUUAUCCUAUUUUUACACUACUAGUGUAAUUAAGUUACGGUGUAAUUUAGACAUUAGAGAAAUUGAAUUAUUUGUGUCUAAUAUCUAUAUUAGGUAUUUCUAAUACGUUCGAUGUAUCUUUAAUUAUAUUCACAUAUAUUUGCACUUUUUUUUGUUUUUAAGAUUUACAAGUAAUUACAACGAUAUGCUUGAGGCUGAGUACAUUUAAGUGAUUUGAAUCUGCUUUUUAUUUAAGUCACGAAUGCUAUGAAGCAUAUUUUAGCCGGAAACGAGUGUUACAAAAAAUAAGAUAAGUAUAGGACAGUCAGUAUCCCAAUACUGUAUAGUUAAAAAUACAAAAAAAAUAAUAGAUAUAUGAAAAUUGUAUAUAUUUCUACUUAAUUAUUUGAGAAUAUUGUAUCUAUGAUUGCGAAGUAUCGUUAAAGAUUUAUAGAAAUGAAAAAUGGAAUAUUAGUCUACGUAUUUUCCGUAUUAUAGUUAUGUAGUGCGAUAUUUUAUUCAAUCAAUGGCUAGUAAAUCAAACAAAAACACAAAAAAAGAAAUGAGAAGAGUUCCAUGUGCCUAUAAUUUCAAUUGAAUAAAGAUCACAAAUUAUUAUGAAUACAUUCUAGGCAAGUUUAAGGGGGGUUUCACCUUUGCCGGCCGUAAAAUUAGCUCUCGUUUUAAGGAAUUCGUAAAUUUUUUAAGGAAAUUUAUUAUAUACAGUAAAACACGGGUUUUUGCAUAAACUUAUAUAUUAUUUGAACAGCAAAAAAAUAUUUUUUAUUUGUAUGAAAAUGUAUUUAAUGCCAAGUGUUUUUCCUCUUGAUCCUAAUACUUUAACGCAUGGCGUGAACUAAAAUGAUGUCAAUUGCUUGAAAUUUGUAAAAAUGAUAGCAUUUGAAAAAAUUUUUUUGCCCUCAAAAUUCUUUAAAUUUUUAUUAAUAACAAAUUGAAUGUUUGUUGUAAAAUCAUAAUUUUAGUUCACGUCAUGCGUUAAAGUAUUACGAUCAAGAGGAAGAAAGAAUCAAGUCGAUAUCUUAAUUCGUUUUUUCGUAAUUACUUCCGCCAGCUCGAAAAACAUACCACAUUUAAUCGCCACUUGGAGGCAUUAAAAUACAUUUUUAUAUAAAUAAAAAAUAUAUUUUUUGCUGUUCAAAUAAUAUACAAGUUUAUGCAAAAACCCGCGUUUUACUGUAUAUAAUAGAUUUCCUUAAAAAAAUUAAUAAAACAAGGGCUAAUUUUACGGUCGGCAAAAGUGAAACCCCUCUUAAAUAAAUAAAUAUUCUAUUCUACAAAAACGUUCUAGAAUGUUAGACAAGUAUCAAGUUAAAAUAAUAAAAUAUCGCAAAAAAGGAGUACGUAAUUACUUAAUAUAUAUUUUAAAAGAAUCAUUUUCGGAGCGUAUCUAAAAUGAUUAGCCUGUAGAUAUGAAAUAGAUGUAUUCGUACAGAAUUUAUAUAAAAAAAAAGAUUGUUCCAAAAUUCCAGAGAUUGAAAUAUAUUGUGUAUGGAUAAUAUAGUUUUUAAUUAUAAUAUAGAUCGAACAUACACAAUUCCUCAUGUUCUACACCGAUCAAUUAAUUCACUCUAAUCAUGAAUGAUGAAAACAGAAAAUACAUAUAUGCGCUAGUUCAAUUUCAGACAUCACAACGAGUUCAGUAGCAAGAUAUUUUUUAUAAAUGAGCCAAAGGUUUGCUGAUCUUUGUAUUUACAAAAAUUGACAAUAACUGGCAAACAAGUGUUAACUUUCAUACUACGUCGCUACUUCGUUACUUACGCGAUUGCAGUUCCCUCGUAGGACAGCGGUAACUAAUUUAUGUAUUUUUAACACGUGACGGCGCCGUAAAUUUCCAUAGACUGUGUAAAGCGUUUACAGAAUGUAUAUCCCAAGUGAUGUUAUAAGUAAAAAUUAUUGAAGCUAU